AUGGAGGCUGCUCAAGUUUUUCGCAAGGUAAGAUUCUCGAUUGCAAACUUGAUAGAAAAAUCAUGUUUCCACGUGGAUUCCUUUUAGUAAAUACGUGAAAAACUAAAAUCGCUGCGAGACCUCAGCUCUUCAAAAAAGGUGUGCGCCUUUAAUUUGUUCAGAUUUUGAUUCUCAGCCUUUAACUUUUUUGAAAAUGCCUUCCAAAAACAAUGAAAUAGUUUUCCUGAUUCAUCUUGACGAGACGAAUCGGAUGGUAUAUUCAGUUUCUUCUGAAAAAUGCCUCUAACAUGCUGGAAAUGCGCUGAAAUCACUAUCUAGUGUGUAAACACCGCGACGCACAAAUCCACAAAUUUCUCAGCAAUCCAUCCCGUAAUUACAUUGUAAAAAUAGCGUUUCUGUAACGAGACUAGGGUUCCGAUGUAAUUACAAACAGUGAAAAUCAACAGUUUGUAAUUACAUCGGAACCCUAGUCUCGUUACAGAAACGCUAUUUCUACAAUGUAAUUACGGGACGGAUUGCUGAGUUGUGUAUACCGUAGUGAAAGAAAAAAGCGUGACGUGCACGUGAGAGAAAAAAGCGUGACAUGAAUAAUCAUUUUUGAUCAUUUCUAAUUGCAGGAAAUAUGUAUGAGAUCAUUGAAAAUGUGAAAAAUGCCUCUCUAAAAAUUUGAACCCGUGUUACCCUAGAUCAAUGUUUCGUUGCAGGUAGAAAAGAUAGUAUGCGUUGGUGCUGGUUAUGUUGGUGGACCAACUUGUGCAAUGAUUGCUCACAAAUGUCCAAAUAUCACAGUAACCGUUGUCGAUAUGAACACCGAAAAAAUUGCCGAAUGGAAUUCGGAUAAAUUGCCAAUCUACGAACCCGGAUUGGAUGAGAUUGUUUUUGCGGCGAGAAACAAGAAUCUCUUCUUCUCCUCUGAUAUUCCAAAAGCGAUUCGUGAAGCUGAUUUGAUUUUUAUCUCGGUUAACACACCAACAAAAAUGUAUGGACGUGGAAAGGGAAUGGCUCCUGAUCUCAAAUACGUUGAAUCGGUUUCGAGAACUAUUGCUGAACACGCGAUUGGACCAAAAAUUGUUGUUGAGAAAAGUACUGUACCAGUUCGAGCUGCGGAAAGUAUUGGAUGUAUUUUGAGAGAGGCUCAAAAACAUAACCCUGAUUUGAAAUUCCAGGUAAUUAUUAAUUAUUAAACAGAAAAUUAAAAUAAAGAUUAUUUUUAAAGGUUCUUUCAAACCCGGAAUUCCUUGCCGAAGGAACUGCAAUGAGAGAUCUUGCCAAUCCAGAUCGAGUUCUGAUCGGAGGAGAAAAUUCAGUCGAAGGACUCGAAGCUGUUUCUCAAUUAGUUCGAGUUUAUGAACAUUGGGUUCCAAGAGAACGAAUCAUCACAACAAAUACAUGGAGUAGUGAAUUAUCAAAAUUGGUUGCAAAUGCAUUCCUUGCUCAAAGAAUCUCAUCAAUCAACGCGAUUUCUGCGGUUUGCGAAGCAACUGGAGCUGAUGUUGGAGAAGUUGCACACGCAGUUGGUUGCGAUUCUCGAAUCGGCCCGAAAUUCUUGCAAGCCUCUGUUGGUUUUGGUGGAUCGUGCUUCCAAAAAGAUGUUCUUUCAUUGGUCUACCUUUGUGAAUCAUUGAAUUUGCCACAAGUUGCCGAAUAUUGGCAAUCGGUUAUUGAUGUUAAUAAUUGGCAAAGAAGACGAUUUGCAAAUAAAAUUAUUGCCGAAUUAUUCAACACUGUGACCGACAAGAAAAUUGCUAUUUUUGGAUUUGCAUUCAAGAAAAAUACCGGUGAUACAAGGUUGGUUUUUUGUUUUGUGCUAAAAAAAAUGACGUUGUUACUGAUAAGAAUCAUUGGCACACCCCUAAGUAUCUAGAUCAACAUCGGAAAUUUUCAAUUUUGUUUUUGUAACUCUUCCAGAUAUGCACGUUUUAAUAUUAUUGGAAAAGGAACAAAGUCCUAUUUUGAAUCAAAAUAUUAUUUGAGGUGAUAAAUGAAAGCUUUGGUUCCCUGAUUUUAGCUAUUCUGUUGCUGGGAAAACGGGAAUUUUUCAGAGAAUCAUCGGCAAUUUAUGUUGCUCAACAUUUGAUGGAAGAACACGCGAAACUCUCGAUUUAUGAUCCAAAAGUUUCCAAACAACAAAUGUUCAAUGAUUUGAAGAAUGUGACAAGUUCUCAAGAUGGUUAGUUUAGAUUUUUUGGAAUUUUUUACCUCAAUCCAAAAAUAUUCUAGUUGAUCGUUUGGUUACUUUUGAAACUGAUCCAUAUGAAGCAGCUCGUGAUGCUCAUGCAAUUGUUAUUCUCACCGAAUGGGAUGAGUUUUUGGUAAGUUAAAAUUUAUAUAUUCUUGGAUAAUUUAUAUAAUUUUUCUUUUUUUUUUGCAGACUUUGGAUUAUAACCGGAUUCAUGAGACAAUGAAACAUCCAUCAGCCAUUUUCGAUGGUCGCCUUAUUUUGGAUCAAAAACAUUUGCAAAACAUUGGCUUCCGCACUUUUGCGAUUGGAAGUGCUUCCGAACAAGAAUACAAUCUUUUCGGAUCCUCGAUUUGA